GUGCGGGGCGAGGGGAAGUGCUGGUGGGGGUGGGGAGAAGAAAGCUUUACCUCAGAAGACAAAUUUCCCGCCGCACCCACUAGACCGUUCUUUAGCUUUCCUCCUCCCAGCUCCAACAUUCUGUAAGCUCAGGAGAGGCCCUCAGGAUGUCGACAGUCAAGGAGCAACUUAUCGAGAAUCUGAUCGCAGAAGACAAGGCCUCCCAGUGCAAGAUCACCAUCGUUGGAACUGGUUCUGUGGGCAUGGCUUGUGCCAUUUGUAUCUUGCUGAAGGAUUUGGCUGAUGAACUUGCCCUUGUUGAUGUUGCAGAGGACAAACUGAAGGGAGAGACGAUGGAUCUUCAACAUGGCAGUCUUUUCUUUAGUACUUCAAAGAUUACAUCUGGAAAAGAUUACACCGUGUCUGCAAAUUCCAAGUUAGUUAUUGUCACAGCAGGUGCAAGGCAGCAGGAGGGAGAAGGUCGCCUUGCUCUGGUCCAACGUAAUGUGACUAUCAUGAAAUCCAUCAUUCCUACGAUUGUCCGUCAUAGCCCUGACUGUAAAAUGCUUAUUGUUUCAAAUCCAGUGGAUAUUCUGACAUAUGUGGUCUGGAAGAUAAGUGGCUUACCUGCCUCUCGUGUCAUUGGAAGUGGCUGUAAUCUUGACUCUGCUCGUUUUCGUUAUCUAAUUGGGGAGAAGUUGGGUGUCCAUCCCACAAGUUGCCAUGGCUGGAUUAUUGGGGAACAUGGUGAUUCUAGUGUGCCCUUAUGGAGUGGGGUGAAUGUGGCCGGUGUUGCUCUGAAGUCCCUGCACCCUAAAUUAGGAACCGACUCAGACAAAGAACAGUGGAAAGUUAUUCAUAAACAAGUUGUUGAAAGUGCCUAUGAGAUUAUCAAACUGAAGGGGUACACCUCCUGGGCUAUUGGACUGUCUGUGACAGAUCUGGCAGGAUCAAUUUUGAAAAACCUUAGGAGAGUGCAUCCAGUUUCCACUAUGGUUAAGGGCUUAUAUGGGAUCAAGGAGGAAAUCUUUCUGAGCAUCCCUUGCAUCCUGGGGCGGAAUGGUGUCUCGGACAUCGUGAAGGUUGCCUUGAGUCCCGAGGAGGAGGAACUCUUUAAGAAGAGUGCCAGCACGCUCUGGAACGUCCAGAAGGACCUGGUGUUUUAAAGACCCUCACCGUCUGCCGCACAUCAGCCAGGAACACAGCACACUAUGUAUCUUACCUUUGGCAAACAUUUUUAUCCGACCUGUAGAACAUAAAACAUUGUAGACUUAGGACAUAACUUGUCCCUCAAAAUGAGAAAGAGGGCCUCUCCUCCUGAGUCCCUGUCGCUCUGUUCUGAUGAUAGCAGUCUGUCAUCUGUGUAGUAGCGGCCACCAGGGCUAGCACAAUAGGCAUAACGACUACUGUAACAUAGAACUGACAACUCCUCUCACGGAACAGUGCUCUCACACUGAAAUGUCCUAUUAGAAAAGCAGCAUGUUCACUUUUUAUUGCUUCAAUGACUUCCUGUGUCUGUCUGUAUACACUUUUACUAAAUGCCUAUUAUUAACACCAUAUGUAUUAGAAGUAAAAACAGAGGUGUAACUUUAUGAUGUAAAAAUGUUGAAGUGAGAUGAUAUAUUAAACGCUGCAAGUAUAUGCAAUUCAAAUACGUGCCAGUAGUUGAUCUGGUGCCUUUCUGGACCUCUCACACAGGAAAUAUAGACCCUCUUGUAGCUUGUUUAAACAUUCAGCGACCCACUGCUGUCACGCCUACUAUUAUGCUUGAUGAGUAUGAUCUUUGUUCUCAGGUAUAUACAGUAGCUAGGGUGCCUCAGUUGAUUGAUUUAUCAACUUCUGCUUGGUAAGUCAGUUCCUUAUUGUCUCAGGGAGACUGCAUAUGGACAGACACACAUGGAAAUGAAACAAUUCCUUAAUCACACAGAGAAUGUAAGGUAACUAUAAGAAAUAUAGUGAAAUAAAAAAUUCAACAAGGUAA